AUGGAAGAGAAAAUUCUGAGAGGAACCGAAAAGAAGAAAGUUAGUAAUGGAAAAACGAUGAAGACUGUGUUCAGUGACUUUCUUGGCAGAGAAGACAAGCAUGAGUUUUCCAUGGAAAUGAGUGAAAGGAGUCUCAAAAGGAAAGGGAAAGAAGUAGAAAGUAAUGAUAAAGCAUCAAAGAGAAUGAAGACUAAAGUAGGAUGCAGUAAGGAUAAAUCAAAGUUAGAAUAUUUGUUAGAGGCAGUGUCCUUAUUCAGUGCAUACGAAGAGGAACGAAAUUUACCUGAUAAUAGGCAUGACUUGAGAAACAGUGAGGAAGAAGGUCAUUUGCUGCCAAGAGAAUUUCAGGAGAAGAUUAAAGAACUCAAUGGAUCUGAGAUAAAGUUUGUGAUCGAAAAGACGCUUUUUAGUACAGAUUUGGACCCAAAGCAUGCUCGCUUGUCCAUUCCACCCUCAAAGAUUGCCAACAAAUUUCUUUCAGAAACUGAGGAAUCGUCAUUGGAUGAAUGUAUCAAAGAAAAUGGAAGGCUUGUUGGGUUGCCAGUGACUGUGUUGGAUCCAUCUUUGAAAGAGUACAAGAUGUGUUUGAAGAAAUGGAAUAUGGAGAAAAGCUGCAUCUACAACUUGACAAAGGGAUGGAACCAGAUGCUUCAUCACAAUCAUCUUCAACUGUAUCGUAACGCUGCACCUGGUCUUUCAAGAAUCUCUUUCAGUUGUGUUUCGCAAUUGUUAAAUCUAAAACACAUCAACAUACCUUUUCAUGUCUUAUACAUACGUAUAAUAAGAUGGACGAUGACAUUUUAA